AUGAGAUUUCUUGUCAUAAUUCCUCGCGGGAUGGGGAGACGUCGCACCAUCGCGAUUAAGAUUCCUGUUAUCCAAUCUAUCUAUCUAUCUAUCUAUCUCUGUUCCUCUCUCUCUCUAUCUACCUAUCUAUGUCAGUCUGUUCCUUUCGCUAUCUGUCUGUCUAUCUAUCUAUCUAUCUAUCUAUAUAUAUAUAUCUUUCACCGUUUCUUCAAUUUUUUAUUAAUGUUUUUGUUUUUUUCUUUUCUUCUCUUAAUAAAUCUUCCUUUGUUUCUUUUUGAUUUUGUUGUUGACUCUCGUUCUAUUCAUUCUUCUUUCUUUCAACCAUUUCUUUACAUCUUCCUUCCUGUCUCUCUCUCUUCUUUUAUCCAAUUCUUUCUUCUUUUUUGUCCUCUUUCCUACAAUUUCCUUGUCUUUAAAUUUCUGCUCACCUCCUUCCUUUCAUCCUUCCUAACUUUCUUCCUUCCUUUCUUCCUUCUUUUCUUCAUUUAUUUAUUCGUUACUUUUCACUUUAUUUAUAAAUUAUAUAUUUUUUUCUUUUAA